ACCGGGUCAACUGUUCGUUGUUGUUGUUGCUGGUCGAGUCUCGUACUUUAGCUUCAUUGAAAUUUCUUGGGAAAAGCGCCAAAUGCCCACAAAUGCACCACAUCGACAAAUCCAACGCCGCGGCCACUGAAAUCAAUGGCGAAAACAAGAACAAACGCCGCCAUCUCCCUUCGCUUUUCACCUCCAAACUGAACAAUGAAGCCGCCGCCGCCGCCAUGACCAAGCUAUGCCGGAGACUCGUCCGGUGGAGGCUCAUCGAACGGAUCUCCUUUGUCCGUCACUUCUUCCGCUUCAUCUGGGAUAGGGUUUUCGCUUGUUCUUCCGCAAGAACGCCCAAAAAAUAUCGCCGCUUCUCCAAUCGGUCCCCACCGGCUGCCGCGGAUGGUGGAUCGUCGCCGGAGUAUCCGACGACUAGCGGCGGGUUUGAUUCCGAUUCUGAUUUCGAUUCCGCGGAGUUGGUUCCUCUCAAGAUUAGCCUCUUGGGGGAUUGCCAGAUUGGGAAAACAAGCUUCGUGGUCAAGUAUGUGGGCGAUGAACAGGAGAGAAAUAGCUUACAGAUGAGCGGAAUAAACCUAAUGAACAAAACACUCAAUAUCCAAAAUGCUCUGAUUUCGUUCAGUAUUUGGGAUGUUAAAGGUGAUAGCAGUUCACAAGAUCAACUUCCGUUGGCCUGCAAAGAUGCUGUGGCGAUCUUAUUCAUGUUCGAUCUUACAAGUCGUCGAACUCUAAACAGUAUUGUUGAUUGGUAUACAGAAGCGAGGAAAUGGAACCAGACAGCCAUUCCCAUCCUGAUAGGAACCAAAUUUGAUGACUUUGUUAGACUUCCUCCAGAUUUGCAGUGGACAAUUGUGAGUCAGGCAAGAGCUUAUGCACGAGUCAUGAAGGCUACUCUGUUCUUCUCGAGCUCCGUUCACAACAUCAAUGUCAAUAAGAUCUUCAAGUUCAUCGCCGCCAAGCUCUUCGACGUCCCAUGGUCUGUCGAGCGGAAUCUCACCAUUGGAGAGCCAAUCGUCGACUUCUAACUUUCGUUACAUUCGACCUGAUUUCGAUGUACAUACGAUACGACAGAAUCAAUCCGACUUUCUUUUUACUCAAUGACAGAGCACAUUUGCUUGCGUUAAAGGGAUGGUAUGAAAAGGCAGCACUAAAAGAUUCUGGUGGCGCAAACUAUUCUUAACUUUUGGGAGACACAAUCCAAGGAGGAAGCAACACAACUGUCAUGUCCAACUUCCAUGUGAUUUGGUGUCUUGGAAGUUAGCAUAUGUUUUUUUUUUUCUUCUUGAAGCUAACCCGAAAGCGAACGAUAUUUGAUGACAUUUAGUUAGUCGGGUCUGUAUAGAUUGACAUUAUGAGAUUGAACUCGAGGUAUUUUUAAGGUAUAAAUUUGCUAAAACUAUAGGUUACAUUA